CAUGUCAGCACAGCACAUUGGACAGCACAGCCCUGCCCUCAGAACCAAACCUCAAGAUCAACAAGGGCAAAGCUGUUUUCUCUUUACCCCUGUUCUUCUUUAACAAGUCAGUCCUCGAAAGAUUUUCAGGUAUCCUGUCCAAAGGAUCCAUCACGUCUUCUCAUCAGAUCCUCAACCUUUGGAUUUAAACCUUUCCUUCUCUCCACCAUGACCGUUUCAGUCUUCUCCAACCUUGGGUUUGUCCGUUCUCUGAAUGUCCUACUUCUGAUGUUGACUGCUUUGAGCUUGAGCAGUCCUAUCAGGUCUCCUGAGAACCAUCACAGGGUAUCAGUCGGUAGGGAUGUGGGUGAUAAUCCACUACUUGAUGCACAGGACUUUCUGAGCCAGUUUCUGUCCACGAUGAACCUCACAGAGCUGAGGCCCCAGGCCAGGUCACUUGCCACCCGCAAGGAGCCACCAGAGUACAUGCUGGAGCUGUACAACCGAUUUGCCAAUGACCACACUGCUGUGCCCUCGGCCAAUGUUGUGCGGAGUUACAAGAACGAAGAUUCAUCCCCGUUCAGUAUAACAUCCAGGGGUGUGAGGAUACACCCCCUGCUUUUUAACCUCUCAAUGCGCCACCAUGAGCACAUAACAUUAGCUGAGCUUCGCCUUUUCACCCUGUUCCAGAAGGCCCAAAGACCAAAUGCUGGCACUGACUGCAAGGUGACCAUCUACAAAAUACAUGAGGGCGUUGUUUGGACAAAAGAGGUGGGGAGAGAAGGGAGAAGAAGGGAUAAAGAGGAGGUGGUGGAGAUGAAGGAUUUGGAGGAACUGGUGACAAAGCAUAUCCAUGCCAAAGAUAACAGCUGGGUGUCGUUUGACCUGACUCAUGUGGUCGCACUCUGGCGGAAGUCCGGGUGUGCAACUCACAGAUUGGAGGUUCAUAUUGCAAAUCUGGGGUCAGGAGAGGAAGGGGCCACAGAGCAGGGGGUAACAGAGAUGGUUGAGGUUGAUAUCGACAGGAGUUUGGAGGAGAAACACAAUGCAGUGAUGAUUGUAUUCUCAGACAAUCAGGGCAGAGGCCACAAAGAAGAGCUCAACCAGAUGAUCGAACACGAAAAUGACCUUCCUGAGAACGUGGGCCGGAGCCAGCAAGCUUUCUGGGGCCACGUCAAUCGCAACCAGGACGAGCUGGACAAGCAGUCCCUGAUGCAACUGCAGUCCAACCUUAUCUAUGACACACCUCCCCGAAUCCGUCGCAAUGUUAAGAGUGAGCCAUGCAAGAGGACCCCACUCUUUGUGGAUUUUAAAGACAUCGGUUGGGAUACUUGGAUCAUCCAGCCUGUGGGGUAUGAGGCUUAUGAGUGCAAUGGCGUGUGCAACCCACCCAUGACGUCCGAGGUCUCACCUACCAAACAUGCCAUAGUGCAGACACUGCUGAGUGUUAAGAACCCCGAGAGGGCAUCGCGUGCCUGCUGUGUACCCACUAAGUUGGAGCCGAUCUCACUCCUGUAUCACGAUAAUGGGGUGAUCACGUUCAACCACAAGUAUGAAGGAAUGGUGGUGGCGGAGUGUGGCUGUAGAUAGUCUUGAAAACUAGAGAUAGAGACUGUGCUAUCUAUCUAUCUUCUUUUGUGCUUGUUUCCACAGAAGGUAUCAUACAGUGGUGUGUAAAAACACUAGAUUUAUAGCUGUAAAUUAGGCAUGGAAUCAAAUCUGUAGCCUGGUACAACCAUCCUAAUGACGUGAGGUCAACAUUCUGUUGGUUUGCUUUCAAUAUUAGUCAAGACUCACAGCAACCCAAGAUACUUGUGUGCGUGAGUACUCACCUUGACAGAAACUCUUUCAGCAAUUCCUGACAUUAGCGAUAACCUCUACUACAUAAUACAAUGUUAAACAGUUACAGUAGAUUUAAAAAUAUGAUUUAUUUAUAUUUGCCAAUUGUACUUGACAUGUACCUUGUGAAAAAGUGAUACACUGGCAUCAGCAUUUUUGUCAUUUCUCAUUCAGCAACCAGCUUCCUGUGGACUGCUGAAUACUGACUGGCAGCUCCUUGAUAUAUACCCAAAGCAUUGUGAACACCGAUCUGCAUGGCAGCUUACAAGUCUCUCAUAUCGACCCCUUGAUUCACGUAAUCAGUGGCAAAACAACUGUGAACACUGGAUUGGUACCGGGGAACACAGUUUGUUUUUUUUUUUAAUCAGCAAUGGAGCCAAUUGAUAUAUCAAGAUUUUGCCAAAUCCAGUCAGAAGAACAGCAAAAAUGUAUUUUCCUCUGAGAAACUCUACGACUGCAUUCUCUCAUUCUUCUUUGAUUAUUGUUAUCGACUCUAUUUCUGCAAGAACUUCACUUAUUGUUGUGUUUACUCUGCUAAUGUUAGAGUAAGUGCUUGUUGCUUCGAGAGCCGCCAUAGAGUGCCUCAGGAAUGAGUUGUAAACACUGGAAAUCACUUUCAACACCUCUUGUUCCCUUAUCUCAAAGUCCCUGGGCUUUUUGAAUAUUUGUUUGAUUUGAUUUUGUUCUACCACAUAAAAUAUGUAAGUAAAUACCCCAUUCAUGACUUUGAAGCUUUUAUGUGCCUUAAAAAAAGACGGUUGAUAAUAAGUGGCUAAAUUAGACUGCAUAACGUCAUCACACCAAAAUGUGCUAAUCACGCCUUUACAGGCUUGUGGUGGUACAAUACAAACAAAGUGUAGUUCAUACAUAGACUAACAUUAGCUUUUUACUUCUGACGAUUGCAUAUUGGCUUCAAAAAUCUUCAAAGUGGUGUCCAUUUAAGAAAAUCUUCAUGCUGAACAAAAUUUGUAAACAUGAUAAACAUUUUUUUUACGACAGCACUUCUUUUCUUCAAUGACUGAAAAUCCAAUGGAAAAUCCCAUAGGCUUUUUAAUAAAGGAACUAAGGUGAUGCUAACUUCCGAGUUGUCAUACAGAAAAAUGUUAUCCCUGGGGAAUUCUAUUACUGGUCUGCAAGCCUGCAUUUUACAUCUUCACCUAUAAUGCAGUCCCUGAUUGGCUGCUUAUGUUGUCAACUAUGGUGUGGAUCCCUAAUUGGCCCACACUGGAUUUUAAUUUCUGGAAAGUUUUUGGGGUGGCAGCGAGUCCAGACUGAUACAGAGAGCGAAACAAAAUGUAGAGCUCGCAUCAUCAGGACGGUCUUAGCAGGCUAACAAAUCUGUGCUGCAUGAUGUAAGUAAUUGUAUAAAGGAAAAUCCAUAAUGAUUAUAUUAGCGUAGUAUAUAAAGUCAUGAUUUAUUAUAAUUGUUUGCUGAUUUUUGUAUUUUGCUCUUGGGUAAGUUCCACACUUCACUGUAAAUUACAGGCCAUAUUCUUGCACAGAUGGCCUCGGCUCCAUGCGACGCAGUGACAGAUGAAAGAAAAGAAAAGAAGGUUCUGAUAGCAGAUGUCUGAAUAUUUUGAUAAAAAAAAUCUCUCCAAGUUAUUCAGAGGAAGCGAGCUCUGUGUCAUUAGGGGGCGAGUCAAAAGGUUAAAUUCUGCAGCACUGAUAUCAGUUACCAUAACAACCUUCUGAAUAAUUUGCAAAAAAACCUAUUUGUGAGUGUGAGAUCUAAGUACAAAUGAUCUACUCUAAGUGCAAAGUUUCAAGGUGCAGACAAAAGUGACGUUUGUACUUUGCAGUGCAGGUGCUGGAACAGACUAAUAGACUGAAUCUUCCGCAUGCCAUCUUAUUGCAAAAUCUGAAUGUGUUAUCAUUUUUCAUCACAGACCUUUCUCAAAACUUUCUUUUUUCCAUUUACAUUUUGUUCUGGCAUAAAUGAUUCCUAAUGCACAAGUCAAGAAGCUCCACCUUAUUCAAACUUAUUUGAAAUAUCUGUAUUUUUGGAUAGAUUAUGAUGAUUUGCACUACUGAUAGGAUGCUGUGUUUCUUUUUAAAUGAAAAGUCUCUUAUUUUCAAUUGUAACUGUAUCAUAGUUUUGCCAAGUUGCUUUAUUAGUAGAUAUACAUGCUGCAGAUUUUCAAAUGGUAUCAUUUGUUUUUUCGCCCUGUGGCAUGUUGGAGGCGCUGAAAUGAUUUAAAGAAUGUGACUUUUUUCCCUUAUUUGCUUGCCAAAACCUGCAGAAAAUAUAUUUCCUCUGGCUUCUAACCAGGAAGGAUUUUCACAGCAUCUUGGAGUUCUUUGGGGCUCUGAAAAAUGAACAAUUUCUCUUACAUUGCUGUCAACUGCUGUGACAUCUUUCUUCACGCCCCAGCCAUUCAUAUCCUGCUUUCGGUUCUAUCACCAAUAUUAAUGUUAUUACGGUUAUAGAAAUAAAACAUUUGAAAACAAAUGAA